GGCAUAUGACUAAAUAAAAUAAUUAUUUUUUGAUAAAAUUGAAAAUAAUUACUCAGUUACAGUUUAGGGUGGCUCAAUAGAAAAAAUUUAAGAGGCCAAAAGCAUAUAAUAAUAAUUAUUAAAGGAACUAACUUGAAAAAAAAAAAAACUAUAAUGAAAAAUUAAAAGUUCUAAAAAACUAGGGGUGGCCAUGGCUACCCCUAGUCUACGCUUCCCUUCGCUCCUAAUUACACCUAUAAUUCAUCUAUAAAUUGGUGGGCUGUAACGUCGUGCAUGAGCAAAGUUUCUCCCCUUUCUAUGUGUUCUUAAUUGCAUAACCAUAAACACCAUCUCAUCAAGAAAGGCAUAAAGAUGGCUGAUGCAAAGCAUGCUGCAGUUGAGCUGCUUCAAGCUCAAGCACAUAUAUGGAAUCAUAUAUUCAACUUCAUAAACUCAAUGUCCCUUAAAUCUGCAAUUCAGCUAGGCAUCCCUGAUGCCAUCCAUAGCCAUGGCAGACCCAUCUCCCUUUCUCAGCUCAUUGCUGCCUUACCUGUCCUCCCAGCCAAAGCUCGAUGUAUCCCUCGCCUAAUGCGCAUUUUGGUUCAUUCUGGUUUCUUUGCUAACGCAAAGAUCAAAGGGAACGAUGAAGAAGAAGGGUUUGUUCUUACCAGUGCAUCUAAACUCCUUCUCAAGGACAACCCUUUGAGUGUUACCCCGUUCUUGCUAGCCAUGCUUGACCCCAUUUUAACAGAACCAUGGCACUAUGUGAGCACUUGGUUUCAGAAUGAUGAUGCUACUCCAUUUGAUACUGUUCAUGGAAUGCCGUUUUGGGAGUACGCCGGCAAUGAACCAAAGUUCAACAAUUUUUUUAAUGAAGCUAUGGCUAGUGAUGCAAGGCUGGUCAUGAGAGUGUUGAUUGAUGAGUACAAGGGAGUGUUUGAAGGGUUGAAUUCGUUAGUUGACGUUGGAGGUGGCACAGGAACUAUGGCUGCAGCCAUAGCUAAAGCAUUUCCUCAGUUGGAUUGCAUUGUAUUUGAUCUUCCACAUGUAGUGGCUGGUCUGCAAAGCAGUGCGAACUUGAAAUAUGUUGGAGGCAACAUGUUUGAGGGGGUUCCUCCUGCAGAUGCAAUUUUACUCAAGUGGAUAAUGCAUAGUUGGACUCAUGAAGGAUGUGUGAAGCUACUUAAGCUAUGUAAAGAAGCAAUCAAAGGCAAGAAAGGAGGAAAACUGAUUAUUGUUGAUCUGGUCUUGGAGAGACAACACGUAACUGAUCAUCAAGAUGUUGAAACCCAAUUUUUCUUUGAUAUAUUAUUGAUGACAUUACAAACUGGUAAGCAGAAGAACAACAAAGAUUGGGGCAAACUCUUUAUGGAUGCUGGUUUCAGUGACUACAAGAUAAAUCUUAUAUUGGGUUUAAGAUCUGUCAUUGAAGUUUAUCCUUAAAUAUAAAGCUUUUUAUUAAUUUGAUUCCGAUCAAAUUUCAGGCUUGUGAUCUCUUAGUACUUCUGCAACUAGUUUGUUAUUAAUUGUAUUUAUAUGUUUAUAUUGUGUAACUAAGAGUGCAUCUUAUGUUUUUGUGUAACAAAAACUAUGGGUUGGUUAUCUUAAAUUGAAUAAAGUAUUUAUGUGUGUUGCUAUGGUA